AUGAAAUCGUCCGUUCUAUUCCUUGGGUUUGUGGCCAUCAGUGUGACUGCCGUACCAGCUCCUUCCAACUAUGAAGUUCACGAACGUCGUGAUUACAUUCCAAAUUAUUGGGCAGAGGGGAAGAGACUAGACGGGUCAACAACAUUGCCUGUACGCGUUGGGUUGACCCAGUCCAAUUUGAAUCAUGGGCAUGACCUUCUCAUGGAAAUAUCCAAUCCAUUCUCAAGUCGCUAUGGCCAGCAUAUGACAGAAGCCGAAGUCCAUGAAUUCUUCGCACCUAGUCAAGAUACCGUUGACAGCGUCCGUUCCUGGCUAGAGUCUUCUGGCAUCGCAGCAUCGAGGAUAUCACAUUCAGUCAACAAACAGUGGCUUCAGUUUGAUGCAGAUGCAAAGGAACUUGAAGAUCUGCUUCAUGCAGAGUACUACAUUUACACCCAUUCUCAAAAUGGGGGAUCUCACGUCGCCUGUCGCGAAUACCACGUUCCCCGCUCUGUACGGGAACACAUUGACUUCAUUACCCCCGGUAUUGCCCUGCGAGAGGUGAGCGGGAUCGGGAAGCGGAAUAGUAAUGACAACAUCCAAAAGCGCCAUAUCAAUGACAAGCCUAUCCUUAUGGGACCCCUUGGACAAUCCCUUCAAGACCUAUUAUCAAAUCUCCUCGGCCUAUGCGAUCUCGCAGUCACUCCGGACUGCAUCAAGGAGAUGUAUAACAUCCCCACUGGAAACCUCUCAACAGAGGGAAACGAGCUAGCAAUCUUCGAAAGCAUUGGGGAUGUAUAUGCCCAGGAAGACUUGAAUCUCUUCUUCGGAACUUUGGCAAUGGAUAUCCCGCAAGGCACACAUCCUGAACUGAAGUCUGUUGACGGCGGUAAGGCGCCUACUUUAAUAGGCAAUGCGGGAGCUGAGUCUGACUUGGACUUACAAAUCUCCUACCCCAUCAUCUGGCCGCAGAACUCAAUCCUCUUCCAGACGGAUGACAUGGUCUACGAAGAGAACUAUACUUUCAGGGGCUUCUUAAACACAUUUUUGGACGCAAUUGAUGGCUCCUACUGCAGUGAAAUCUCUCCUCUGGAUCCUUCGUACCCGGACCCCCAGGAUGGCGGCUACAAGGGCUCCCUGCAAUGCGGUGUUUAUAAGAAGCCUAACGUUAUCUCUAUCUCCUACGGAAGCGCCGAAGCCGACCUUCCCAUCGCCUACCAGCGUCGCCAGUGCAACGAAUUCAUGAAGUUGGGCUUGCACGGUGUCUCCGUGGUGGUGGCAUCGGGUGACUCCGGUGUGGCUGGUCGUGGAGGCGAUCCUACUCCGAGCAACUGCCUGGGUGAGGAUGGUAAGGUGUUCGCACCUGAUUUCCCAGCUUCGUGUCCGUAUUUGACCGCAGUGGGCGCAACCUAUCUCCCAAUCGGAGCGUCUGUCAGUGCCCAUGCAGAAGAGGCAGUCUCUCGCUUCCCAUCGGGCGGUGGCUUCAGCAACAUAUACGAGCGACCCAGUUACCAAGCACAGGCCGUGGCCGACUACUUCGCCAAGGCCAAACCAGAGUAUCCGUACUAUGAAAGCGUUAACAACAACAGUUUCGGUGCCAACGGGGGCAUCUAUAACCGCAUUGGUCGUGGGUACCCCGACGUUGCUGCAGUGGGGGACAAUGUGGUGAUCUUUAACAACCUCGCGCCCACCUCGAUUGGAGGCACGUCGGCGUCUGCCCCAGUUUUCGCGGCCAUUUUGACCCGCAUCAAUGAGGAGCGACUGGCUGCAAAGAAGCCUCUCGUCGGGUUUGUGAACCCGGUGCUGUACGCUCAUCCGGAGGCGUUCUUCGAUAUCACCAAAGGCAACAACUCCGGCUGCGGCACCAGCGGCUUCUUCGCGGCAGAGGGCUGGGACCCGGUGACUGGAAUGGGCACCCCCAACUAUCCUGCAUUAUUGAAGGUCUUUAUGGAUCAGUAA